UUUUGAUGGCUUCUGUCUGUCACACCGUGAGCACAGAGUAGUUUGGUAGUUUGCGCCCAACGCUCGCUCGGCCUCGACCAGUGGACAUCCCGUUCUGUUUUUCCCUCCUCAUAUUUCCUCAUUCUCUAUUUGCCUACCUGGAGCCUGUUUGUGUUCGUUUGCGUGUUGGGGUGUGCAAGUGUGCUUGGUGAUCAAACUUCUGGUGCAGAUCGGCUGUGUCGGGCAGGAAAAUUUUGCGAAACAUAUUGUGGAAUCAUCAGUUGCUGGUAGUUUAGCCGUACUUAAAAGCGUAGUUAACCAUACAAUUCCAUUCCAUAAGCUAGUGUCCAAGAAUUCGACAUCCAGCGUCUAGCGGAGUGCAGUGCUCUACACCGAUGUGUGCUCUGAACUAAUUAGCCAACAACGUCAGCUUAAAAACCGCUCCACACGAUGGGAAACGAAAAGAAGGACCCCGGCGGGGUCGGCGUCCAGAUCGAGUCACCGUCCCCGGUGCCGUCCGGUUGCGGUGGUUCGGCCGCCUUUAACAUGAUCACCAACAUCAAUCUGCCCGUGCCACUGUCGCUCGAGGAGAAAAAGUUCCUCCUCGCGGUGGAACGUGGCGAUCUGGCGAGCGUCAAGCGGAUCCUCCAACGGGCCCACCGGCGACGCAACGUGAACGUCAACUGUGUAGAUUCGUUGGGGCGAGGGGCGCUGACGCUGGCCAUCGAGAACGAAAAUCUCGAGAUGGUUGAACUGCUGGUGAUCAUGAAUGUGGAGACGAAGGACGCCCUGCUGCUCGCGAUCAACGCGGAGUUCGUCGAGGCCGUGGAGUUGCUGCUGGAGCACGAGGAGCUCAUCCAUAAGGAUGGUGAACCUUACAGUUGGCAACGGGUUGAUAUUAACACGGCCAUGUUCACGCCGGACGUUACACCGCUGAUGCUGGCUGCCCACAAAAACAACUACGAGAUCCUGAAGAUUCUGCUCGAUCGUGGCGCCACCUUACCGAUGCCUCACGAUGUGAAAUGUGGUUGCGAUGAGUGUAUCCGUCGUUCGUCGGAAGAUUCACUGCGCCACUCGCUGGCCCGUGUGAACGAGUACCGUGCGCUGGCAAGCCCGUCACUGAUUGCGCUCAGCUCGCAGGAUCCGCUGCUGACGGCGUUCCAGCUGUCCUGGGAGCUGCGCAAUCUGGCCUUUGCCGAGCAGGAGUGCAAAUCGCAGUAUCUGGAACUGCGCCACCAGUGUCAGAAUUUCGCGGUGGAGCUGCUGGACCAGUCCCGCAGCUCGCAGGAGCUGGCCAUCAUUCUGAACUACGAUCCGGAAUCGCCGCCCUACAUGGAUGGCGAUCACAUGAAGCUGACCCGGCUGGAGCUUGCGAUCGACUACAAGCAGAAGAAGUUUGUGGCCCAUCCGAACAUUCAGCAGCUGCUGGCAGCCAUGUGGUACGAGGGUGUGCCCGGCUUCCGGCGCAAGUCGGCCGUGGAGAAGAUCGCCAUCAUCGUCCGUACCGCGGUGCUCUUCCCGAUCUACUGCAUGCUCUACAUGAUUGCGCCGUCCUGCGAAACGUCCAAGUUUAUGCGCAAACCGUUCAUGAAGUUCUUGAUCCAUGCGUCGUCGUAUCUGUUCUUCCUGUUUUUGCUCAUUCUCGUCUCGCAACGGGCGGAGGUGCAGGUGGUGCUCCUCUUCGGCACGGAGAGCAUGAAGCGAGCGCUGCAGGAAGAGUUGGCCCGCCAGCGAGGCAACGGGCCAACGUACCUCGAGUGCCUCGUCGUCAUCUACGUGAUGGGCUUCAUCUGGGAGGAGACGCAGGAAAUUUUCAAGGAAGGCAUCCGCAGCUACCUCCGCAACAUGUGGAACUUUAUCGACUUCUCGCGCAACUUCCUCUACUGCUGCGUGGCGCUGCUGCGCGUCGUCGCCUACAUCCAGCAGACGUCGCAGAUAUCGGCCGACCCGAGCACGGCCUACAUCGCGCGCGAACACUGGGACGACUUCGAUCCGCAGCUGAUCGCGGAGGGUCUGUUCGCGGCGGCCAACAUCUUCUCCGCCCUGAAGCUGGUGCACCUGUUCUCGAUCAAUCCGCACCUGGGACCGUUGCAGAUUUCGCUCGGCCGCAUGGUCAUCGACAUUGUCAAGUUUUUCUUCAUCUACUCGCUCGUGCUGUUUGCGUUCGCGUGCGGUUUGAACCAGCUGCUGUGGUAUUUCGCUGAUCUGGAGAAAUCCAAGUGCUACAGCUUGAAGGGUGGCCUGCCGGAUUGGGACAACCAGGGCGAUGCCUGCAUGAAAUGGAGACGAUUCGGAAACUUGUUCGAGUCCUCGCAGUCACUGUUUUGGGCCAGCUUCGGUAUGGUGGGGCUGGAAAACUUCGAGCUGCAGGGCAUCAAGUCGUACACGCGCUUCUGGGGCCUGCUCAUGUUCGGUUCGUACAGUGUGAUCAAUGUGAUCGUACUGCUGAACCUGCUCAUCGCCAUGAUGUCCAACUCGUACGCGAUGAUCGACGAGCACUCCGACACGGAGUGGAAGUUUGCCCGGACGCGCCUCUGGAUGAGCUACUUCGAGGAGAGUUCCACGCUGCCGCCACCGUUCAACAUCUUCCCGAACAUGAAGCACGUGAUGCGCCUCUUCGGCAAGAAGAAGAAGCGUGAUCUCAAGCGUGAAUCGACCAUUCGUCGUAAAGAAGAUAAGGAGCGGGCCGAACGGUACACCAACGUGAUGCGAGCCCUUGUUUGGCGCUACGUCUCGGCAAUGCAUCGCCGCAUGGAACAAGAUGCAGUCACCGAGGACGACAUCAACGAGGUCAAGACGGAGAUCUCCGCCAUGCGCUACGAGCUGUUGGACAUUUUCGAGAAGAACGGCAUGGAUGUGUCCGCUGUUGAUCGCAAGGAGAAGGCCGUGUUGGCGAAGCGUAUGAAGAUCUGGGAGCGCCGGCUCAUGAAGGACUUCCAGGUUGCGCCGGUAGAGAUGACCGAGCAGGAGGCCGAAGAGGAGGAGGAGGAGGACGCGAAUCCUCUCGCCCGGUUCCGGCGAGUCGCCAAGAAGGUGGCCAACAAUACGACCUCCGCCAAGUGGGGCCAGGUAAUGACCGGUGUCGGCGUGGAGAUAAACACGCAAAUCGGUCGCUGUCGCAAUCGGGACAGCUUCCGCCAGCAGCAGCAGCUCCAGAAGGCCAUGGCCGAGGCGCGCCGUCUGGUGGAGCGCAGCCCGUUGCCCCGCUCGCGCAGUGCUUCGCCCGGCAUCGAAGCGUACGCCGACGAGACGACGACCACGCUGCUGAACCUGCUGAGCCAGCUGGCCGAGGAGGGUGACGCGUCGCCCGGUAACACCCUCAACCUGCACGACGCGAAGAGCGGUGCGGCCACGCCGCUGAACAUGCUCACCGCCCAGCUGCAGGCCGCCCUCAGCAAGACACCGUCGCCUUGCAUGGGCAAAUCGCCGAAGCCGGCCGGCGGUGGGCUCAGCGUAGCGACCGGCGGUGGUCGCUCACGCUCGCCCGGCGGCCUAUCGCGGCUCGAGGGCCCAUCGGUGGCCAGCAAAUCGCCGCUCGCGUCCAUCGCCGGCAGCAAAUCACCUUCUCCGGACGGCACACCGGCGCCGGAGAAGAAGAACAACCUUCAGGUGAAGUCACCGCCCCCUCCGCCCAUCAUGUCGCCACCGCCCUGCAAGUCCCCUCCGCCGUCCACGGUGCAGUCACCUCCGCCGCCGAUCCUGCAAUCGCCUCCGCCGACCAUCCACAUCACGCGUACCGAGUCGCAGCUGGUGAAGAAGCAAUCUGGCUCGAAGGACAGCAACGAGUGCGAGGAGGAAGCGGGUGCUCCGUCCUCACCUCCCCCAGCGGCGGAAGUGCCAACCGUUGUACACAGUGACGAUCCGGAUCCGCUCGUGUCGGGCGUUAACUCGCCGCCGAAGGUUAUCAAGCGCAAGGCGCCGGCACCGGUUCCGUCCACAUCCACCGGGGAGGACAUUGCAGUGGCACGCCCGGUUGCCGUGAAACCGCAGCCCGGGCAGGGUAUGCUUCCACCGCCACCGUCGAAGGAGGAUGGUGGUGCCGCACCGGCCGGCACCAUUAUUCCAACCUUAAGCACCACACCGGCAACGCCGCUUCCCUCCCACAAGGCCGUCGCUGCUCCCAGACCACCGUCACCGUCGGCGCCUCCAAAGGUAGCUUCGCCGCCACCAACCAUCGCGAGCCCACCGCUGGUGCCGCUCAUCAAAACCGAGCUAAUGGCCGACGGUGAACCAUCGGAAGCGGCCAAGAGUUGCUCGACCGGCAGCAAGGAGAGCCUGAUCGUUGGCGGUGGCGACGCGUCGGCCGAUGCGGCCCGGGCCGCCUCCUCGCCGGUCUGUCUUCGUCCGUACCGCAAGGUGGACGAUGUGACCACCAUCAAGCGUCAGCCGAAGAGUGGUUGGCUGUAAACGAACCGGGCCGAUGAGCCGGGCGCACUUCCCGGGGACGUGGAAGGCAGCUUCGUUGUGUGAUACUCGCAUGAGGUGGUGGUGAUAAUGAUAACCUAAAAAAAAGAGAAUACAAAUAGAAUUUGAAUCAGCAGAUGCACUUAACAAUUCCAACUAACUAAACGAAAAAGGCUUAGCAUCUGCAGACCAGAAAAAGCUUUUUCACGUGAAACCUAUGUUUGUUGUAUUUGAAAUUUACCAAAUGAAUAAAAGAAAAAACUUACUAAAGGCAUCCUUUUGCAAUGAGAGAGGGCCGCCAA